AAAAAAGCAUAUGUUCCAAACAUUAAUUCCUUUUGUGUGGUGUCUGUCAUUUAACGAAAAUUGUUUGUGAAUUACAUUUUGCCAGAACAAAAGUUUAUUUGAAAUGUUUACAUAAAAUUGUUCCUUCCUAAAUAAUACACAAUUAGAAAACACUUAAAUUCUGUGUUUUGCUUUGGAAAACAACUUAGAAUCAACUCAAUAUAGUUCUUGCAAUUUGUGAACGCCAUUUUGGUCUUCAAUUUUUGUUUGAAUCAAAAAGAAUUUAAAGAAGAGGUUUUAGUGUUUGUAUUUAUUUUCUAAAUAUGGGUGUUUCUGUUUUGUGCACCAGCACCUGCCCAAAAUCCAGUCGGCUUCAAGUCGAAUAAAAACAAAGAACUCCAACAAAUAAUAAAUUAAAAGCAAAUAGUUUUGUAAAAACCUAAAAUAGAGUAGAAAAAAGUAAAAUUAGAAUAAAAUGGCAACAAGAAGUGAUGAAAAUAAUAUAAAUGUGAUAUCAGAUGAAAGUGACGAUGAUAAUAUUAUAAUAAUUAAUGAUGAAGACGGAGAUUCUGGUCCAUGUCCGUCGAGUUCAAUUUCAUCGGAAACAAAUCUACUGCCAAAGCAUACAGAAAGUGACGUUUUCCCAGAAGCUGUCAUUGAAUGCCCGAUUUGCCUACAAACAUGCAUACAUCCCGCAAGACUCCCGUGUGGUCAUAUUUUCUGUUUUCUCUGCGUAAAAGGUGUUGCGUACAAAAAUCGUCGUUGUGCAAUGUGUAGACGUGAGAUUCCACCAGAGUUCCUAGAUCAUCCUCAACUCGUAAACGGAAUACAGGAUAUUUGUAAAACAAAAACUACCGAAGAUGGCUAUCAGUGGUUCUAUGAAGGCCGAAAUGGUUGGUGGCAAUAUGAUGAUCGUACAAGUCAGGAUAUCGAAGAAGCUUAUAAGAAAGGAGAAAAAUCAUGUACAAUACUUGUUGCCGGGUACGUGUAUGUUGUUGAUUUUGAAGGAAUGCUCCAACAACGCCAAAACGAACCAUCCCGUCGACGACACGUGAAACGUGAUCUCGCAUCCAUACCCAAAAAGGGUGUUGCUGGAUUACGCAUCGAAGGCAACACAGUUGCCACAGAUACAAAUUUUGCCUCUCAAGUGUACCAUAGUCGUCAGAUGGGCUUUAAUUCCAUAGACGAUGCAAAUCGAGCAAUGGCCGCUGCUGUGCCCAGCAUUGGUGUUGGUGAUUUUGAAAAUCAUCUUCUGCACUUACAUACUCAAUCGCAUCGUCCUUUAAGCCAGCAGUUGUCGAUGCCUGGUAGCGGUGGUGUUGGAACGAGUAGCAGUGCUAGUGAUUUCAUAUCAACAGUAGCAGCAACUGAUGCAGCAAUUCGAAUUGCUAGUGAUAUAAUUGGCUCAACUCUGGCUCAUGCUGACGAGAUAUCUCGUCUAGAUGCGAGUAGACAACUCAAUAGUAACAGUAACAGGAGCAUUAGUCCAAUCAAUAGCAACGGCAACAGCAGCAACAACAACAGCAGCAGCAGUAGCAGUGGUAUGGGUAGCAUUUCAAUAAUUGGCGAAAGCUCCCCGUCUUCGUCGUCACAACAUGCACAAGAAAUUUAUAGACGAUUCGCUCUUCUAUUUGAAUAUUUUAACGUUGAAGUCCUGUCGCCGAUAUGUCAAAGUUUCCUACCACAAACAAAAUAUUUUCGUCUAUGGUAAAUAAAAAGAGACAAUUAUAAAGAAACUAAAUUAUAUAAAAAGUAAUAUCCCAUCCCAUUUCUUAAUCUAAAAUCUGACAAAUAAACUAAAGUUUCAUAUGGUUGCACGAACUUGUACACUCUUACAUAAUGUCACAGAAUGAUUUUUAUUCUUCAUCACCAAAACACCUGCAAACUUUUCUUGCAUCUGCUUUACCUAAAACCUUAUAUUGUAGUCAUGGGUUUUACUCUUACAAAUAAUCAAAUAAAAAUGCUUUUCACAUAAAUCCACACCAACCAAAUUCACCUCCACCUACCGAAUAAAAUUAAAAUAAGAAACCACUAGCUAAUUACUAUUUCGUUAGAUACAUUUGAUUAAGUUUUAAUUAAAUUUUAUCAAAUUCGACAAUGCAAAAAAACACACACAUUAUUCUAUAAUUAUUUUUAAAUUAGUAAUUAUUCUCCCAUUAAGUGGUUUUCAUUUCUUCUCCCCAACUGUCGCUUUUAUUCUCUCUCUAUUAUUUUAUACCUACAUUCAUAUAUUUUUUCCAUCCCAUAUAACAAAAUCUAUAGCAGUGGUUUGAUUAAAAGGGAUUAUGGCUGUGUAAAGAAAUUGACAUUUAAUAAAGAAUAUUUUAUUAUUAUAUAUUAUAGAUAUAUUAUAGUAUAAGCAAGAAUAUAUAAUUAAA